CUCCACCAUAUGUUCAAUGAACUUUAGUCUGAUGUAUACAAAUUUUUGUAGAGAAAUAGGUUAAUAUAUUAUUAUAGUAUCUUUUCUGAUAAUUUGUGAAUACGUAAGUUUACGUUUCGUGUGAUACUUAAAUUUUCAUAGCUUUAUAAUACUACAGAGAAUUAUUGGUGUAUUGAUAGAUUUCGUCACAAAUUGGAACUGAACUGUUCGGAAAUAUAUUGUUUAAAUGGCAGGUAACACGUCAAUUAACGAACAGAAUGCUGAUUCCUUCGAUAGUCAGGAGUUUAACGAUGAACUGUCCAAACUUUUGAAGUCAUUAAUAAUACCUUCAGAGACUGCAAGUGAUUUGAACCCAGGACAAGUUUCUGGCCCAGUUAGUCCUCCUCCAAAUUGUUUUGAAAGUAAUUUGCAGAAUAGCGAACCCACGAAACACAGGCGAAGGCGCAGACGAAGAAGAAAAACAAAACUGGUUAAAAAUUGUUCCAGUGAUGAAGAAAUGGUAGCGAGUGAUGGUUCGUCGGGCGCACUUGCGGAUAUUGUCGGGCGGUUCAACACGCAAGGGCAGGGCAGCACCGCGGGUGCCGUCUCACUGGCCGAUCCGUCCCAGGGCAUGAAGGAGAACACUCCUGGAAACAGCGGGGCCGUGCCCAAGAAGGCGGCCAAGCCCAGGAGCAGGAACAGACGCGGCAAGCGCGCCGAAGACGGCAGCGUCAGCCGGCAGGUCACGUACGGAACGAAGUCGGAAGAGGAAAGUUUAGAUCAAGAGAAUGCCCAGCCUCCUAACGUUCCUGCACCAAACACUCAACCUGACCUGCAAAAAACAUCUUCCAAGAAGGUGAAGAAAAAGCCAAAAUCGUCGCAGUCGAGAAAUAAUGAAGAAGUAACUUUCAAUAACUAUCUAUUGGAAGAAGAGUUGCAAAAAGAGAGAGAAAAUGGUUGCUUGCUGGAGGGUGUUAUCCGGAUCAAUCAAAGAAAUUUUAAAGAAGCCUACAUAAACUCUCCGGACAAAGGGCAGGAUAUUUUGAUUGAUGGUAUUCGAGACAGAAACAGAGCCCUAGAAGGUGAUGAAGUCAUAGUAAGGUUAAAAUCUUCUGAUCAGUGGAGGGUGCAGGGUUCUGACACACAAAAAACGGCAGAGGUUGUGUCCAUAAAGUGCCAGAACCAUCCCAGGGCUGCAGUUGGUACUUUGAAGCUCAUGGCGGAUAAGAACCCCAACUUUGCGCUGUUUUCUCCGAGGGACUCUCGAGUUCCCCGCCUGCGGAUACCCAUGUCGAAGUGUCCGCAAGACUUCCCCAAACGUGCCGCGGCGUACGGCGAAGUCCUUUUCAUGGCCAGAAUAACUAGUUGGUUCGACGUGCGCUAUGCUGUGGGAGAGUUAACGAAGUGUCUGGGCACCAUCGGAGACAAGACAGCCGAGACUCAGUCGAUACUGCUGGAGAAUGAAAUUGACGUGACGCCGUACCCGGACAGCUUCAGAGACUUCUAUCCCCAGUCGUUCGUUAUCGAAGAGGAGUUGGACAAGAGACUAGACCUCAGGAAGGAGUGCAUCUUCACAAUUGACCCCUUGACCGCCAGAGAUCUGGACGAUGCUUUGUCGUGUAAAAGGCUGGACAAUGGAAAUUUUGAAAUUGGGGUUCACAUUUCUGACGUCACGUACUUCCUAGCCGAAGGGACUCCUUUGGAUGUUGAAGUGUCAAAGCGGGCGACCAGUACAUACUUGGUGGACGAGGUGUUCCACAUGCUGCCGCGCGAGCUGUGCAUGCUGUGCUCGCUGCUUCCCGGCAGCGACCGGCUCGCCUUCUCUGUGUUCUGGGAGAUGAGCGCGGACGCAGAGGUGCUGGGCCGCCGCUUCGCCCGCACGCUCAUCAGCUCCUGCGCCCAGCUGGCGUACGAGCACGCCCAGGAAAUGAUAGAUAACCCGGCGAAGGUGUGGCGCCCGGAGGAACUGCCGCCGAUACACAACGGCUUCUCGCCGAGCGACCUGGUGCAGGCGGUGCAGGCGCUCCACGGCCUGGCCCUCAAGCUGCGGGGCGAGCGCUUCUCGAACGGGGCGCUGCGCAUCGACCAGACCAAGCUCGUCUUCCACUUGCACCCGGUCGUCGGCCUGCCGGUCAGCUUCACGCAGCACGUCAACAAGGAGAGCCACAGGAUGAUCGAGGAGUUCAUGCUGCUGGCGAACAUGACGGUGGCGGGGGUCCUGAAGGAGCGCUUCCCGGACGUGGCGUUCCUGCGCGCCCACGCCCGCCCGCACGAGCGCAUGAUGAAGGAGCUGCAGGCGACCAUGGGGUCCGUGGGCGUGCACCUGGACGUGUCGAGCGCCGGGGGCCUCCAGGCGUCGCUGGGCCGGCACGCCGGCGCCGACCUGUACGGCGCGGCUCGCCUGAUGGUGCUCAACCUCCUGUGCGCCAAGCCCAUGGCGCGUGCCAAAUAUUUCUGUGCAAAAUUUGCUGAUACGGACGAAGAUUACUGGCACUACGCCCUGAGUGCUCCGUUGUACACUCACUUCACGUCGCCCAUCCGGCGGUACGCUGAUGUCAUGGUCCACAGGUUACUGGCAGCGGCGAUGGGUUACGUCGACAAGCCGGACUGGAGUGUGGACAAGGUUCAAAAAAUUGCUGCCAACUGCAACAAACAGAAGUUCAACGCCAAGCGAGCCGGGGAGCAGAGCAGUGAUUUGUUCCUGACGUUCUACGUCGCUCAGUUCGGCCCCCUGGUUGAAGAUGCUGUGGUUCUGGAUGUGAAGGACCAUUCUUUCGAUGUCAUUGUUCUUUCGAUGGGCUGCAAUUUGAGGAUCUACACAAAUAGCGUGCCUGACAUGGAGCCGGUGUUCCGGUCCGAGGGCAAGGUCUCCACUCUGGAGCUGCACUGGAAGCCGUGCCAGGGCGCGCCGGAGCCGGCCGUGCAGAUCGUCCAGAUCUUCAGCAUCUUGAAGGUGGUGGUGUCUUGCAGCUCUUCGUCGGUCCGGCUCGAGGCGCACCUGCUGCGGCCAGGGCUCGUCCAGUAGCGCGGCUCCGCUGAGGGAGCUCUCGUCCAGUAGCGCGGCCCGGGCGUCCUCGCCUGCCCCGCUGAGGGAGCUCUCGUCCAGUAGCGCGGCCCGGGCGUCCUCGCCUGCCCCCCUGAGGGAGCUCUCGUCCAGUAGCGCGGCCCGGGCGUCCUCGCCUGCCCCCCUGAGGGAGCUCUCGUCCAGUAGCGCGGCCCGGGCGUCCUCGCCUGCCCCCCUGAGGGAGCUCUCGUCCAGUAGCGCGGCCCGGGCGUCCUCGCCUGCCCCCCUGAGGGAGCUCUCGUCCAGUAGCGCGGCCCGGGCGUCCUCGCCUGCCCCCCUGAGGGAGCUCUCGUCCAGUAGCGCGGCCCGGGCGUCCUCGCCUGCCCCCCUGAGGGAGCUCUCGUCCAGUAGCGCGGCCCGGGCGUCCUCGCCUGCCCCCCUGAGGGAGCUCUCGUCCAGUAGCGCGGCCCGGGCGUCCUCGCCUGCCCCCCUGAGGGAGCUCUCGUCCAGUAGCGCGGCCCGGGCGUCCUCGCCUGCCCCCCUGAGGGAGCUCUCGUCCA